AUGGUGCGCCGCUUCGCCGCCGCCCUUCUUCUGGGCUCUACUGCCCUGGCUCUUCCCGCUGAGCUCGUCGAGCGCCAGAAUACCACCUGCUCAGUUGCCACCAGCUACCCUGCUGUCAGCGUCGCCAAGCUCCCCGACCCUUUCACCUUUGCCGAUGGAAAGAAGGUUGCCUCUAAGGCGGACUGGUCAUGCCGUCGACAGGAGAUUAGCAAGAUGAUGCAGCAGUACGAACUUGGAGAUUUCCCCCCGCCGCCUGACAAGGUGGAGGCCUCGCUGUCUGGUAGCACCAUGAGCGUCAAGAUCACGGUGGGCUCCAACACCGUCACCAUCAGCGCCUCGAUCAAGGCCCCCAGCUCCAAGCCGGGCCCGGCCAUCAUCACGAUCGGAGGCUCCUCCCUCCCGAUUCCAGGGACCGUCGGCACUGUCGGCUUCAACAACGACAAUUUUGCGUCGCAGGCAAGCAGUGGCUCGCGCGGGUCCGGCGCGUUCUACACCCUUUUCGGCAAGUCGCACUCGGCAGGUGCGCUGACAGCCUGGGCGUGGGGAGUCGGUCGUAUCAUCGACGGUCUCGAGCAGCUCGGGGCUGACAAGACUGGCAUCGACCCUAAGCGCCUGGGGACGACGGGGUGCUCCCGCAAUGGCAAAGGCGCCUUUGUCGUGGGCGCUCUGAACGACCGCAUCGCCCUGACCCUGCCACAAGAGUCCGGAUCCGGUGGCGCCGCCUGCUGGCGUGUCUCGGAUAGCGAGAAGAGCAAGGGCAAGAACAUCCAAACCGCCGGCGAGAUCGUGGGCGAGAACGUGUGGUUCAGCAGCCGCUUCAACAGCUACACCAGCAAGACCAACACCAUGCCCGAGGACCACCACAUGCUGGCCGGCCUCGUCGCCCCGCGCGGAUUGUUCGUGAUGGAGAACGACAUUGACUGGCUCGGCCCGGUCUCUACUACUGCCUGCAUGAAGGCCGGACGUCUGAUCUACAAGGGCCUGGGCGAGCCUGAUGCCAUGGGAUUCGAUCUGACCGGCGGACACUCUCACUGCCAGUUCCCGUCGGCCUCGCAAGCCAGUCUCACUGGUUACAUCAACAAGUUCCUCUUGAACACGGGCUCGGCACCUUCGAACAUCGAGAAGAGUCCGGCCAGCGUUUCCAUGACGGACUGGGUUGACUGGACACCUCCGACUCUCUCUUAA